GCGUUUUCUUUUGAUUUGGCUAGUUCGUAAAUCCUACUCAAUCCUGUUGUUUGUAUGAAAAUGCCGGAUCCCAAAAAUCGAUCUGUAAAUGUCGAUCUUUCGAAUGUUGAAUUCGAAACAUCUGAAGAUGUGGAAGUUCUUUCUAUUUUUAAUAAGCUGGGCUUAAAAGAUGAUCUUCUUCGGGGAAUUUAUACUUAUGAAAAUUGUAUUAUUUAUCUAGGUUUUGAGAAACCUUCUGCCAUUCAACAAAGGGCUAUAAAACCCAUCAUGAAGGGCAGAGACGUGAUUGCUCAGGCACAAUCUGGAACCGGCAAAACCGCCACUUAUUCGAUAGGAAUUUUGCAAACUCUGGAUAUAAAAGUUAGAGAAACCCAAGUUCUUGUUUUAUCGCCAACGAGAGAACUCGCCACACAAAUCCAAAAAGUUGUCCUCGCUUUGGGAAAUUAUAUGAGUGUCCAAUGCCAUUCUUGCAUCGGUGGAACUAGCCUGGGAGAGGAUAUCAGCAAACUCGAUUAUGGGCAGCACGUUGUUUCCGGAACGCCCGGAAGAGUCUUUGAUAUGAUCAAAAGACGAGUUCUCAGGACUCGGGGAAUAAAAAUGUUCGUUCUCGACGAAGCUGACGAGAUGUUAAACAGAGGCUUCAAAGAGCAAAUUUACGACGUCUAUCGAUAUCUUCCACCAGCGACUCAAGUCGUUUUAGUCUCGGCUACACUGCCUCACGAUAUCUUGGAAAUGACUUCCAAAUUCAUGACCGACCCAAUCAGAAUUCUCGUUAAACGAGAUGAACUUACUCUCGAGGAAAUCAAACAAUUUUUCGUGGCUGUGGAACGCGAGGAGUGGAAAUUCGACACCCUCUGCGAUCUCUACGACACUCUGACGAUCACGCAGGCCGUGAUUUUCUGCAACACGAGACGUAAAGUUGACUGGCUCACUGAGAAAAUGCGAGAUACAAAUUUCACUGUUUCCUCGAUGCAUGGAGAUAUGUCACAAAAAGAAAGAGAUAAUAUCAUGAAGGAAUUCCGAUCGGGGCAGAGUCGCGUUUUGAUUACAACGGAUGUAUGGGCUCGAGGAUUAGACGUCCAGCAGGUGUCGUUAGUAAUUAAUUAUGAUUUUCCGAAUAAUAGGGAGCUUUAUAUUCACAGGUUGGGUCGGUCAGGUCGGUUUGGUCGAAAAGGUGUUGGAGUUAGUUUUUUGAAAGCGGAGGAUAUAAGCGUAAUGCGUGAUAUUGAACAAUUUUAUGCUACCACAGUCGACGAAAUGCCUAUGAAUGUCGCCGAUUUAAUUUAGAUUUUUGAGUUUAAGUUUAUUCUUUAGAGAAAAAAAAAUAUAUUUUUCUAGUUUUCUACAAAUUUGUUACAAUAAAAUGAUUAAUCUC